CCAAAUUUAAGGUGGAUGGCGGUGCACAUUUUGAGCCAACCGUGCAGCUCAUCAGCUUGUGAGCGUAAUUGGAGUGUUUUUGAACACAUACAUUCCAAGAAGCGCAACCGCCUAUCACAACAACGAAUGAAUGACUUGGUAUUCGUUCACCACAACCUCCGCUUAAAGAUAAAGAAAGCUCAAGGAACUAUUGAGGAAGACUCGCCAAUUGACCUUGAUGAGAUAGAUCCAGAGUGUGAGUUGAUUGUUGUUGUUGUUGAUGAUGAUCAUGAUGCUCCACUUGAGUCUGAAGAUUUUGAUAUCAUGAGGGAAGCCAAUUGGGAUCGUGAAUGGUUCAAUCGAGCUAAGAGAGGCUCUCACCUGGGAGCUUCAUCAUCAGAGCCUGCUACCCUCUAGCAUGUCAUUGUGUAUAGUUGAUUUAAUUGGAAUUUUGUACUUAGUUUACAAGUUGACUUUGUACAAGUCACAAACUAUAUUGUAAUUGAC